AUGUCAGACUUUCUGGAAUCUGAAGCAGAGGAGAGCGAGUUGGAUUCUGAGGCAGAAGAGCAGCCGGCAGAACGCAAAAAACAUAAACGGAAAGCAGUUCAAAGUGACGACGAAGACGAAGAAGAAGAAGAUGACGAGGAACGUCUCCGAGAAGAACUUAAAGAUUUGAUAGAUGACGCACCAAUAGAAGAAUCAGGAAGUGAUGGAGAGGACUCUGAUGCUAGUGUAGGACCAAAGAAAAGAAAAAAAAGUGAUGAUGAAUUGGAUGAUCGGCUUGAAGAUGAAGAUUAUGAUCUCAUUGAAGAAAAUCUUGGUGUAAAAGUUGCAAGAAACAAAUUUAAACGUCUACGUCGACUAGAAGAUGACGACAGUGACAAUGAAGGGGCAGAUGAUCCUGACCUGGAAAGAGAAGUUAUUGCAGAGAAAUUGUUUGUUGGUGGUUCUGAUGAGGAAGAUGAGAAUCGUUCCGAUUCAGCUGCCCCACGUGGUGAUGUAGAAUAUGAUGAUGACAAUGAAGAGUUGGAAUCAGAUGCUGAUGAUUUUAUUGUUGAUGAUGAUGGUAGACCAAUAGCUGAACGCAAAAAGAAACGCAAACCUAUAUUUACUGAUGCGUCACUGCAAGAAGGUCAAGAUAUAUUUGGUGUAGAUUUUGACUAUGAUGAAUUUGAAAAAUAUGGCGAAGAAGAUUACGAGGAUGAAGACGAAGAGGAUCUGGAUGAAUAUAUUGAAGAUGAUGAAGAGGAAGGUGAAAGACGUAGGACAAAGAAGGGUAAAGCUAAAAGGCCAAGCAAGAAGUCGAUCUUCGAAAUAUACGAACCCAGUGAAUUGAAGAGAAGUCACUUUACUGAUUUGGAUAAUGAGAUACGUAAAACUGAUGUUCCUGAACGUAUGCAAACUCGUGAAGUGCCUAUAACUCCAGUGGAGGAAGGCAGUAAUGAACUGGAAGAAGAGGCAGAAUGGAUUUACAAGCAGGCUUUCUUGAAGCCUUCAGUUUCCAAAGCUGAUGCACAGGACGCCAGGGAGAGAACUAGACGAGGUUCAAGUACAAUAACGAAGAUUCGUCAAGCGCUUGACUUCAUGCGAAAUCAGACCUUAGAAGUGCCUUUUAUAGCGUUCUACCGUAAGGAAUACGUAGAGCCAGAACUCAGUAUCAACGAUCUCUGGAAAGUUUAUAAAUAUGAUGCUAAGUGGUGUCAGCUGAAACAACGGAAAGAGAAUUUGCUGAAGCUAUUCGAGAACAUGCGUGAUUAUCAAUUGGACAAAGUAAUGGAGAAUCCCGAUGCUCCCAUACCUGAAAACAUGAGGCUCGUCAAAGAUGAAGAUAUAGAAAGAUUGAAAUCUGUACAAACUCCUGAAGAGCUGCGGGACGUACACGCUCAUUUCCUGUUGUACUAUUCCUGUGAACUUCCCGAAAUGCAGAGAGUACAACGCAUCAAGGAACGGAAGAAGGAACUUGAGGAACGAAAAAAACUUGCUCGAGAAGAGGCCGAAAAGAACGGAGAAGAUGCAGAGGAAGCAGCAGCAGCCAUUGAAGCUAUAGAACUUGACGAAGAAGACCUAACGGACAUCAAAUACGCAGCGAAAUCGGGACCUUAUGAACUGUGCAGGAAGGCUGGUAUCGAGCCCCUUGUUAAGAAGUUUGGUUUGACUCCGGAACAGUUUGCUGAGAACGUUCGCGACAACUACCAGCGGCACGAGGUGGAGCAGCAGCCUGUGGCGCCGCUGGAAGCCGCCGCCGAAUACGUGGGUAACAUCGGGUCGGCGGCGGAGGUGGUGCGGCGCGCGGUGUACAUGUGCGGCGUGCAGCUCGCGCGGGAGCCGCUGCUGCGGGCCACGCUGCGGGACGCGCUGCGGGAGCGGGCCACCGUCUCCGUCAAGCCGACCGCCAAGGGCAUCAAGGAGAUCGACGAGAACCACGCCUGCUACAGCCUCAAAUAUUUAAAGAAAAAACCAGUUCGAGACAUUACCGGUGAACAGUUUCUUAAAUUAACAAUGGCAGCCGAAGACAAACUGUUAGUGGUCACCAUCAGUGAGCAGAUCGAGGGCAACACCAGCCCUAGUUACUUAGAGGAAUUGAAACAGCUCUAUCAAAAGGACGAAUUUGCUGCCACAGUACAAGCGUGGAAUGAACUUCGCUCAGAGGCGGUCACCAUUGCCUUGACCAAGAUCGUCAUGCCCGAGUUGAGAAGAGAACUGCACGCUGUGCUCUUACAGGAAUCUAAAGAUUAUGUUCUCAAGUGUUGUCGUCGGAGACUGUACGACUGGUUGAAAGUAGCUCCGUACGAGUCUAGAAUAUCUGAUGAUGAUGAUGAGUGGGACGCCUCCAAUGGUGUGCGAGUAAUGUCGGUGGCGUACGUGCCGGAUCGCGCGCACAGUGCGUUCGCGUGCAUCGUGGGUCCGGGCGGCGAGGUGGCGGACCAUCUGCGGCUGCCGCACCUGCUGUACCGGCGGAACGCGUGGGACGCGCUCGAACGCCGCAACAAGGACGCCGACAUGACCGCGCUCAGGAGGUUCAUUUGUCGCAAGAAGCCGCACGUGAUCGUCAUCGGCGGCGAGUCCCGGGAAGCGCUCAAUGUCAAAGCCGACAUCUCGGACUGCGUUCAGCAGCUGGUGGAGGACGAGCAGUUCCCGAGGAUACCUAUCGAGAUAGCCGACAACCACUUCAGCAAGAUUUACAGCAACAGCAUACGAGGAAGGAACGAUUUCCGUGAAUACCCAGACAUCCUGCGUCAAGCCAUUUGUCAAGGUCGUCUGCUGCAAGACCCGUUGAUGGAAAUAUCGCAGCUGUGCGGCCCGGACGAGGAAAUACUUUGCCUCCGAUACCAUCCGUUGCAGGAUCAAAUCGCCAAGGACGAUCUGCUCGAGGGCAUAGAACUGGAAUUCGUGAACAGGGUCAACGAAGUGGGUGUCGACGUCAACGAGGCGGUGCUGACGGGCCGGGGGACCGAGCUGCUGCAGUAUGUGUGCGGCCUCGGCCCGAGGAAGGCGCAAGCCCUGAUAAAACUCUUCAAGCAGACCAACCAGAAGCUGGAGAACAGAACGCAAUUGGUCACGGUGUGUCACAUGGGCCCCAAGGUCUUCAUAAACUGUUCAGGCUUUAUCAGGAUAGACACGAACAGCCUCGGCGACAGUACCGAGGCGUACAUUGAAGUGCUGGACGGGUCCAGAGUGCACCCGGAGACGUACGAGUGGGCCCGCAAGAUGGCGGUCGACGCUUUGGAGUACGAAGACGAGGACGCCAACCCAGCAGGCGCUCUGGAGGAAAUCCUCGAGGCUCCAGAGAGACUUAAAGACCUCGACCUGGACGCGUUCGCUGAAGAGCUGGAGCGUCAAGGCUUCGGUAAUAAGAGCAUAACUCUGUACGAUAUUCGAGCGGAACUGAACUCUAGGUACAAGGAUCUUAGGGUGUCGUAUCGUUCGCCAACGCCCGAGGAACUGUUCGACAUUUUAACAAAAGAGUCACCUGAUACGUUUUACGUGGGGAAAAUGGUCUUAGCGUCUGUGAUCGGCAUCACGCACAGGAAACCGCAGCGGGAGAUGCUGGACCAGGCGACGCCCGUUAGAAACGACGAGACGGGGCUGUGGCAGUGUCCGUUUUGCUUCAAGAAUGAUUUUCCUGAGCUGUCUGAAGUAUGGAGCCAUUUCGACGCGGGUGCGUGCCCGGGCCAGGCGACUGGCGUCCGGAUCCGGCUGGACAACGGCCUGUCCGGUUACAUACACAUCAAGAACCUGUCGGACCGCCACGUCACGGAUCCGACCGAGAGGGUCCGCAUCGGGCAGACGGUGCACUGCCGGGUCAUAAAGAUCGACGUCGAACGCUUCUCCGUGGACUGCACUUCAAAGUCUUCGGACUUGUUGGAUAAGAAUAAUGAAUGGAAACCUCCAAAGGACCCUUACUACGACCAAGAAACGGAAGACAAAGAUAUACGCAAAGAAAAAGAUGCAAAACAGAACAAGGAUCGCAUGCAGUACGUAAAACGCGUGAUAGUACAUCCGGCAUUCCACAAUAUUUCGUUUGCGGAGGCUGAAAAGCUUAUGGACAAAAUGGCACAGGGAGAGGUCAUCGUGAGGCCUAGUAGUAAGGGCUCUGACCAUUUGACCGUAACAUGGAAAGUGACUGACGGAAUUUAUCAACACAUCGACGUGAGGGAAGAAGGCAAAGAAAAUGCUUUCUCAUUAGGUCGAAGUCUUUGGAUACAGGGAUCCGAAUUUGAGGAUUUGGAUGAAAUAAUAGCUCGUCACGUGACACCGAUGGCGGGGCACGCCCGAGAUCUCAUUGCGUAUAAAUACUAUAAGCCUCUCGGCGGGAUCAGGGAUAAAGCUGAAGAAAUACUCAAGGAGGAGAAAGCCAAAAACCCUAACAAAAUUCAUUACGUUAUCUCGGCCUCGAAGAACUAUCCCGGGAGAUUUCUACUGUCAUAUUUGCCGCGGGCGCGGUGUACGCACGAGUACGUGUCCGUGUCGCCGGACGGGUACAAGUUCCGGCAGCGGAUGUUCGACUCUCUUUCGGGAUUGCUCAAAUGGUUCAAAGAACAUUUCCGGGAGCCGCCGCCAUCCGGCACGCCGGCACAGCGCGCCGCCGCAGCUCGCACGCCGCACGGCGCUGCUUCCGCGUUAUAUCAGACUCCCGCCGCCCACACGCCGGCCUUCCACACACCCGCGCACACGCCAGGACCUGCCUAUAUUAACACCCCCUACACACCAUCCGCGCAAACGCCCUACAUGACGCCCUUCGCGUCCACGCCGCGGCAGACAGAUUUCUUGACGCCUGCGGCACCGCGUCACAAGGCGGCACCGGCGGCUGCCUACACCGAGCCCGCUGACUGGCAGAAGGCAGCCGAAGACUGGGUGCGGCACCGCGGUGGGUCGGCUCGCGACACCCCGCGCCGCACCCCGCGACACGACGCGCGCUCCACCCCGCGGCACGACGCCCGCUCGACGCCGCGCCAGGACGCGCGCUCCACGCCGCGACAAGACGUCCGUUCGACGCCGCGACAAGACGUCCGCACGACGCCGCGGUACGACGCGCGCUCGACGCCGCACUCGCAGAUGUACACGCCGACGCACACGCCGCACACGCCGCGCUCGUCCCGCACGCACUCGGCGCGCUCCACGCCGCACACCAACACGUCGCCGCGCUCCAUGUCGCUCGGCGACGCGACUCCACUCUACGACGAAAAUUGAACCCUCAAUCCACUUAUAUUUUUGGACCGCAACGUACUGAAUUAAUUAUUCUUAUUACGGCUCCCCUUAUAGUGGGCUCUCGUCCUCUCGUGUAGUGGAAUUCUCGAUACGGGCUAUCGCUUUGGCUUCGUUUUGCUUUUAUUCAGUUUCGCGAGACAGGUCGAUCGACGUGUUUUGAUAAUUUCAAAUAGUUUAAGAUCCUAAUUUUUUAAAUAAAAUCACACAAUGUUACUUACUAACUACAUGAAACUAAAGUCAUUCAACGAACC